AAUGGCCGAAAAUGUGUUACGAAUUGUAAAUAUUGAGUGAUUUGUGACGAAAAUAGUGUUGUUUUCAGUGUUUUUGCCUUCAAUUCAAUGUCUGUUUAUUGUUAUUGUUUUUGUCACAACUCUUGGGAUCCGUUUGACAGACACUGAGUGAGUGAUGGCAACCAAUAGUCGCUUUCUGUCCAAUCUGUCCAACUCUGACACCAGUCUAUGGCUGCACAACAAGUUGGGAACCAGUCAUGACUUGUGGUCAGACACGUCGAGUAUAAUCAGUCAACUGAAUGGCGAUGUCUUGCGAAACAUCAGAGACUGUUUCGUUGACUUACAAUCUCAGGUCAAACUCAAACUCUUGUUGUCAUUCCUCCACAUCUCCCGACGUAAUGUCGAACAGUGGAGAACAGAAUUGGAGGAAAUACUGGAAGUGGCCGUCGAAGACACCGACCAAUGGGUUUCUAUGUUAGCCGAAUUGCUGAAGAAUUAUCCCAACAACGGAUCCAUUAAUUUUCAAUUAGACACCAAUUCUUCGUCUUUUAACGAUUUAGUCAUUGAAUUGAAAAAAUUAGUACGAAAACAUGGCGACAAAGGUAUCCUUCCUCUGGAGUGUCUGUACCUAAACAAGAGUGCAUUGACUGCAACAGUGGGCCAAUUGGCACAACCCGUCAAACACUUCGCACUCAAACGCAAACCUAAAUCCGCGACUUUAAGGGCAGAACUGCUGCAGAAAUGUAUUGAAUUCAUACCAAACGAUACGUUAAUGACUUUAAUUGCUUUAACGCUGAUUAUCAUUACAGCCAACGACGCGGCCAACGGUCGGCGCAACUCUACCGGUCCAUCGGUUGCCAUCCGAUGUCGCGGUUUGAACAACGAUUCCACACCACUGAAAGGCAUUCCCCGAAAUCUGUACGGUUUGUCCCAAACGCCCGGUUUUAAGACCCCAUCGAAUCCGGCCAACAAAAUGGGCGCAAAUCUCAACAGCAGAUCCCGGCUUAGCGUUGGGGGCGUUAAGAGGGACGGAGGGAUCAAACUGUUGGACAUUACGGAACAGCCGUUGGGAAGGGAUAGUAAGCGGCGGAAGAAAGUGCAGAACGAAGAGAACGACACCAAACACAAGGACGUCGAGAAGAGCGAACCCGAGGCCAUCACUCCCGACUACGCGGCCGGACUCACGUCUACCGUACCUCCGAGUCCGGCGCCGCCGAGUUAUGCCCCGCCGGCCACUCCAGCGCCACAGCCGACGGUCGUUCCCAACGAGAACUACUCUCAAAUGCCGCCGCAGAUGCCGUCGUCGGCUCAACCGCCCGCCCAAAGCGCACCACCAGUUCAGCAACGCUUUGCCGUUAACGACACUUACGUCAAUCAAACCACUGAUGCGAACAUCGGUGCCAUCAAAACGAUUGUCAAACCGAUUAUUAAUAAAACAGUCACUACUGUUAACACACCGCUGCCACCCAUGGUAUCGACGCCUCAAUUAGUACAACAGCUUCAGACAAAUCCGAUACCAAUACAAGUGAUAGCACAGCCUCAGAGCCAACUCCAGGCCCAACUCCAAGUUCAACCUCUGGUGCAGCCGAUGCAAGCAAUGGCACCGCAACAACAGUUACUACAGCAACCACUACCCCAACCUCAACAGCAAGCACUGGGAGCAGUGGUGGCGCCGCCACCGCAGCAGCCAUUGGUGAGAAGACAGUUGCAGUUAUCGCGUGAGCAGAUGGUGGCCGCGCAGGAGAUGUUCACCAAUUCAAAC